AUGAUGCUGGAUCCUCUGAGGGGACCAGACUCACCGCCUCAGACCCCUACUUCUACCACACCAAUGAUCAACCACAAGUUCACCACACGACCACCAUGGCACAACCACAGUCGUUCGACCUUGUUGGAAGACUCUGGCAUUCAGCCUACUGGCAACGGCCAUGAAUUCAGCUUCACGCCAUCUAACCGUUAUGCUCAGCUGUCGCCCCGCACCUCAUCCGAAGACUCCGUAUCAAAUGAGGACGACGAGGACACCGAGUCUAAAUCGGAAGAAGAUAAGGCAGUGCAAGUGGUGACCAAAAAUGACGAAGAUGAGGAGGAAGAAGACAGCGACGACGAAGAGGAAGACUCAGAUGAUGACGAGGAGUCGGAGGACGAGGAUGACGAUGUUCCCAUGAAUUUCCCCUCUUUACCUUCGGCACCGAUGCUAGCGCCGAUGCCUGCUCCAAUGUUUGUCCCGGGUACUGCGAGGAUGGCUGUUGACGGUAGUUCUGAGGAGGAAUUGGACGACCAGGAGGACGAUGACGAGGAAAUCGAAGAAGAUGAUGAUUCUGACUCUGCGUCCGAAUCGGAAUCGGAGCCUAUAGUCACCCCGCCGGCCCAGGAAACUCACCAGGAAAGACAUCCUGCCACUGGCACGACCGCCGCUUCCAAGGCCAAUUUCACCCUCGAAGAACUUUCCGACUUUGAUCCCAUGGACCAGGACCGCACAGGCACCAUCGCACCCUCAGGCUUCUCCUCUCCAGCCUCGGUCCGCUCUCGUUCGCGAGCUCCGGCACCCAAAGAGUUGCCUCCCGGCCUGACGCGCAAGAUGCGAGACCUGAACUGUGGCCUCUCUAGCUCCGAGGACUCAGAUGAGGACUUGGAUGAAGAUGAGGCAGCUCACCGCGAAUUUGUUCGCAUGCAGAGAGAGCUGAGAAUGCGCAAGCGGAGGUCUCACGGCUCAAGCAUCGGCAAGCGCACCAUCUCGGAGCGCAGUGACUCUGACCACGACGACUGGACCCCUCUCGAUCCUGACGCUGUCGGCUCUAGCGCCCGUAGACUUCGACGACGAGUCGGAGACCGGCGUAGCUUCAUUCAUUUGCAAUUCCAAGACCCGCCUCCCGCCCGCAUUGACGAGCUCGAAGAGCCUGAGAGCGAAGUUGAGGGGACAUUCAUCUUCUGCGACAGCGGCACGCUGGCACAGGAGCUCCCUUACUACUCCAUCGAGAUCAUGGAGUACUCGACCCCCAGCCCAUAA